CCUAUUCUGUUCUGUAUACUCACAAGCAAAACUCAGUUCAGUGGAACGGAAACGCGCGAAGUUUCCAGGAUUGAAGGCAAGACUCAGAUUUUUGUUCUUCAAUUUCCUCUCUCCACGUACUGAUUUUUUAUGCAGAUUCUCUAACAGGUCAGCCAUGGAGAAAGGAGAGGAAGGCAAGAUCAUGAAAGACAUGGUUAAUGUUGACAACCGUGACGAUGCUGCUUGGUGGUUGAUUCACAAAGGAGUGAAAGCUACAUUUUUGUCCAUAUCUUUGUUUGCUUUGCUGGUUCGAGCGGCAGUCUGCCUUCAUCCUUACUCUGGUGCUGGCAACCCUCCCAAGUUUGGGGACUAUGAGGCGCAGAGGCAUUGGAUGGAAAUCACCAUCAACCUUCCAGCUAAGGACUGGUAUCGGAACAGUACCACCAACGACCUCAACUAUUGGGGACUUGAUUAUCCACCCCUUACUGCCUAUCAGAGUUUCAUUCAUGCUCUAUUCCUCAAGUUAUUUGAUCCAGAGUCGGUUUCACUGUUUACUUCUCGAGGUUAUGAGUCCUAUUUUGGAAAACUUCUUAUGAGAUGGACGGUUUUAUCCUCUGAUGUGCUGAUUUUCUUUCCUGCAGUUUUCUAUUUUGUUCUCGCAUAUUUUAGUAGUAACUCCAGCUAUCGCAAAAGUGAUAUAGCAUGGCAAAUUGCAAUCCUUCUGCUCAACCCGUGUCUCAUCUUAAUUGAUCAUGGCCAUUUUCAGUAUAACUGUAUAAGCUUGGGCCUCACUGUGGGAGCUAUUGCUGCUAUAUGUACGGAGAAAGAUCUUGUGGGUAGUUUCCUAUUUACUCUUGCUCUGAAUCAUAAGCAGAUGAGUGCAUAUUUUGCUCCUGCAUUUUUCAGCCAUCUCUUGGGGAAAUGUAUGAGGCAUAGAAACCCAAUUGUUGAAGUGUUAAAAUUGGGUUUGGUGGUCUUAGGAACUUUUGCUAUUAUUUGGUCGCCGUAUCUUCAUUCAGUGGAUGACCUUUUGCAGGUUCUAUCACGUCUUGCUCCCUUUGAGAGAGGAAUAUAUGAAGACUAUGUGGCAAACUUUUGGUGUACCACAUCUGUUCUUAUCAAGUGGAAGAGAUUGUUUUCAGUAAAAUUACUGAAGUUUCUCAGCUUCACUGCUACACUGUCUGCUUGUCUACCUUCCAUGGUUCAGCAGAUUCGUACCCCAAGUAAACAGGGAUUUCUUUAUGGCCUUCUAUGUAGUUCUUUCUCAUUCUACCUGUUUUCAUUUCAAGUGCAUGAGAAGUCUAUUCUUCUGCCUCUUCUUCCUGCAAGCAUGUUGGCUCUGGAUGAACCUUCAUUAUUUAGACAUUUUCUGCACUAUGCCUUGCUUUCAAUGUUUCCUCUCGUAGUUCGAGACAAACUGGUUCAAGCAUAUCUUUCUAUUUAUGCACUUACGUUCCUUAUUAUCAAUGCAUCAAAUCAAGGACGUCAAAAAAUGGGAGCAUUUCUUUCUGGAGGAGUUCUAUUUGGAUGUCUCCUUUUUUGCUCACUCGUUCUCCACAUCGUUUACUUGGUGGUGCGCCCUCCUGAGAGGUACCCCUUCAUCUUUGAGGCGGUAAUUAUGCUUCUUUGCUUUUCUCAAUUCAUGUUCAUUGCUGUCUUUACCAAUAUAAAGCAAUGGACGCUGUCGAAAGCUGUUCCACAGAUGGACAAGCAAAAGUUUAAUUAAUUUGCAAUGUUUCUGAAUUAGUUACAUACUUUGUGAGUUUACAUCUUUUUUUUUUCCUUAAUCAAGAAUAGAGUAUCUUUAUGUGCUUGUUUUAAGCAGAUACAACAGACCAGCGGCCGUACAAAUUACCUUUUUUUUUAAUAAUUUAAGAGGUUUACAGGUUCUAGUGAA